CAGAAAGUAGACCCUCUACGUCAUCAGAAAGAGACAUGAUUUGUAUGCAUUAGACAUAUCAUCCAUGGAAAACACACACGAGACAGCCGGUACUGGAUCAACGGGACUUCAGUGAAUGUAGCCGGUAUAACAGCCCGACGGACAGAGAGAGGCUGAGAGCCAGGUCCCGAAGCCGGGUGAACAGUUAGACCCAGCUCCGCGGUCAUGUGUCAGGUGGAGGAGGAGUACCACGGGCCGCUGCAGCGCGAGGAGCUGCCCAGUGUUUCCAAGCAGUGUAUGAAAUGCAAAGAGGCGGGUGCAGCGGUGGUGAUCAGAGCAGGAGAUGCAUACUGCAGGGGCUGUUUCAAGGAGUACUUCAUUCAUAAGUUCAGAGCCAUGCUGGGCAAAAACCGGCUGAUUUUUCCUGGAGAAAAGGUGCUGCUGGCGGUGUCUGGAGGGCCUUCUUCCUGCUCCAUGCUCAGUCAAGUCCAAGAGGGUUUGAGUCAGAAUGCUCACAAGAAGUUGAGAUUCUUACCCGGCAUUGUCUACAUUGACGAGGGGGGGGCUGUGGGUCAGUCGGUGGAGGACAGACGGAGGACGGUGGACCAGCUCCAGGCGGUGUUCAGAGCCACAGGCUUCCCCUUCCUUGUGGUGCCUCUGGAGCAGGUUCUGGACCUCCCCAGUUCAGUUGUUUUGUCGGCUCCAGGAGCUCCAGAAUGGAAAGCUGGCGCCUACAAAGCAGCCGUGGAUCACUUCCUGCUCAGCGACGGCAGCAGCGGUGUGACUGCACAGCAGCAGCAGGAAACUCCCCCACUUGAGGUCCAGGAGGCCCACACACACUCCCUGCAGCGGCUCCUAGGCUCUGCCAGGACCCUGACCGCCCGAGAAGAGCUGCUGAACACACUGAGGCAGCACCUGCUGGUGCACACAGCGCGCUCUGCAGGCUACAGCAAAGUGAUGCUGGGGGACAGCUGCACCCGGCUAGCUGUUAAACUGCUCAGUAGCAUCUCCCUGGGCAGAGGGGCUCAGCUGGCUCACGACACAGGUUUCUCAGACUCCAGGUAUGGGGACAUCAUAUUAGUGAGGCCAAUGAGGGACUACUCAGCUAAAGAAAUAGCUUACUACAACCGUAUGUUCAGCGUGCCGUCGGUGUUCACAGCGGGCCUCGAGACCAAGACUGCAGACAAGUCCAGCAUCCAGCGUCUGACAGAGAGCUUCGUCACCAAGCUGCAGGCAGACUUCCCCUCCACCGUCAGCACCAUCUACAGGACGAGUGAGAAGCUGCAGAGCUGCAAGAGCUUGGCCUCAGCGGGGGGGGACAGGUGUCUGCUAUGUGUGUGCGCCCUGGACACUGCUGCUGAGAAUGCUUCAGCCUUCAGCGCCACCCUGAUCUCAGAGCAGCUCUCGCAGACUCAGUCUCCAGAACAGAGCCGACCAGCUCCAGAGGCGCCCCCCCCCGCCUCACAGUGCUGCUCCGCUGUUGGAGGAGAGGCUUGUGGGAACCGUGGUGGAGGCUGCUGUUCGUCUGCAGAAGCCUCUGAGCCCCCCCCCCUGAGGAGCCUGCUGUGUUACAGCUGUCAGCUGACCAUCAAAGACCUGUCGUCUGAGGAGGUUCUCCCGCACUACAUCCUGUCGGAGGCUCAGAGGAGACUCAGGAGGUCUCAGCUGAGGGAGGAGAUCCGAGACUUCCUGCUGGAGGAUGAGGCUGACGAAGGGUGAACAGACGCUGUGGAGCUCACUGCAGUCGGCAGCAGGAGAUGCUUUCAUAUCCAAAUUGUAAGACUGCUAUGAAAGUGAUGUUUAGGGUAUAACACUCUGCUGUGUGUGACAGAGGAAUUGUGUAAAUGCUGUUAUAAUAAACAUAGUUAUUUUUAAGACAUAAA